UUAUCUAUUUAUUCAAAGUUUUCACUUAAAAUCUAUAUACAUAUCUGUAAUAAGUGCUCAAAUUACGUAUUACGAAUCACAAUUCUAUUUAAUUCUUAAGAAUGAUACAAAAAGCGAUCACAUUCGUUACAAGCAACGCGAUAAAACUAGAAGAAGUUCGAGCCAUUUUAGGGAACAAUAAUCCUCAAUUAGAAAUAAUAAGCCGUAAGCUAGACUUACCCGAACUCCAAGGAGAAAUAGACGAAAUAUGUAUCAAGAAGUGCCAAGAAGCAGCCAGACUAUUAAAGGGGCCUGUAAUGGUAGAAGAUACUUCAUUGUGUUACAACGCCUUAAAAGGCCUUCCUGGGCCGUACAUCAAGUGGUUCAUAUACAAAUUAGGACCAGAAGGGCUGAAUAACCUACUAACAGGAUGGGAUGACAAAUCUGCAAAGGCUAUAAGCACUUUUGCCUAUUGUUCUGAUUGUGAAAUUAACGUGAAACUAUUUCAAGGUGUAGUUACCGGACAAAUCGUGGCUCCAAGAGGACCAAGCGAUGGUUUUGACAGCAUCUUCCAACCUGAUGGUUUUUGUAAAACGUAUAGCGAAUUAACGAAAGCAGAAAAAUAUAAAAUAUCACAUAGGGCACAAGCUUUAAGGAAAAUUAAAGAAUAUUUUUGUAAAAACAAUGUUUAAUAGUAAAAUGUUUGUUAUGAAAAACUUGAAUGAUGUAUGUAAGUAAUCUUUGGUGAAUAAAAGCUCGAACAUAUAACCUCUUUGCUGUCAAAAUGUGAAAAUAAGAAAUGUAAUUCUUAGUCUGUGGAUACUAUGUAGAAAUUGCCGAAAAUUUCCUAAUAUCUUCGUUCUGUUGCUUUAGAAGGCUUGGCCGGCUUACUCAUGCGCUUUCUAAUGUCACGAAGUAUUUUAAAUGGAAAUAUUUUGUCAUUUAUCACUUAGGACAACGGAAGUCGAUAACUUGGCUGUUUGCUUUUGUUCCUUUGCGUAAGGAGUCGAGUGUUUUUUUUUUAAAUAAUUGACAUCUGUCAUUUUG